UCAUUUCACCUCUCUUUCCUAACCCCAAACGCCACGCCACUGUCAUUUUCUCACAAAUCAGAAUGUGUUAUGUGCAUGUGCACCAAUAAGAUCGAGAAUCUCUCACUUCCCCCAUUAAAAUCCAAUCUGGGUCUCUCCCCUCUCAGGACAAAGCUUCCGACUUUGCGGGAUUCGGAUGGGGAAGGUCGCCGUCGGAGCUGCGGUUGUAUGCGCCGCCGCCGUUUGCGCCGCCGCGGCGCUCGUCGUGCGCCACCGCAUGAUUAGUUCCCGUAAGUGGGCCCGCGCCGUGGCGAUACUGAAGGAGUUUGAGGAGAAGUGUGGGACCCCAAUUUUGAAGCUCAGACAAGUGGCUGAUGCCAUGGAUGUUGAGAUGCAUGCGGGUCUCGCAUCUGAAGGUGGUAGCAAGCUCAACAUGUUGAUCAGUUUCGUCGAUAAUCUCCCAACUGGGGAUGAGGAAGGACUCUAUUAUGCACUGGAUCUUGGUGGCACAAACUUCCGGGUCCUUCGAGUACAUUUAGGUGGGAAAGAUAAUGGUGUUAUUGGCCAGGAGUUUGAAGAAGUAUCAAUUCCUCCACAUUUGAUGACUGGUUCUUCAGAUGCAUUAUUUGAUUUUAUAGCAGCAGCUCUUGCCAAGUUUGUUGGUUCAGAACCAGAAGGUUUUCAUCCUCCCCCUGGCAGACAAAGAGAACUGGGUUUUACAUUCUCAUUCCCAGUGAGGCAAACAUCAAUUGCAUCUGGGACUCUAAUAAAGUGGACUAAAGGUUUCAAUAUUGAAGAUGCGGUUGGUGAAGAUGUGGUGGGAGAACUAACCAAGUCCUUGGAAAAAAUUGGCCUGGACAUGCGGGUUGCUGCUCUAGUUAAUGAUACCAUUGGAACAUUAGCUGGAGGCAGAUUCUACAAUCAGGAUGUCAUUGCUGCUGUGAUUCUUGGUACUGGGACAAAUGCAGCAUAUGUAGAACGUGCACAUGCUAUUCCAAAAUGGCAUGGCCUUAUACCAAAAUCAGGAGAUAUGGUUAUAAACAUGGAGUGGGGUAAUUUCCGAUCAUCACAUCUUCCUCUAACAGAAUAUGAUCAAGCUCUGGAUGCUGAGAGCUUAAACCCUGGAGAACAGAUUUUUGAGAAAUUGAUUUCUGGCAUGUAUUUGGGGGAAAUUGUAAGGAGAGCUUUGUUGAGGAUGGCUGAAGAAGCUGACUUUUUUGGAGAUACAGUUCCCCCCAAAUUGAAAGUUCCGUUCAUACUUAGGACGCCUGACAUGUCAGCCAUGCACCAUGACACAACAUCUGAUCUGAGAGUGGUUGGAAACAAAUUAAAGGAUAUAUUAGAGAUCUCUAAUACAUCCUUAAAAAUGAGGAAGAUUGUUGUGGAGCUCUGUGACAUUGUUGCUACACGCGGCGCUCGCCUUGCUGCUGCUGGUAUUUUGGGCAUCCUUAAGAAAAUAGGAAGAGACACAGUUAAGGUUGGGGAGAAGCAAAAUUCAGUGAUAGCAUUGGAUGGAGGAUUGUUUGAGCACUACACUAAAUUCAGAGUUUGCUUGGAGAGUACACUGAAGGAAUUGCUGGGAGAUGAGGCAGCUGAGACCAUUGUCAUUGAGCAUGCUAAUGAUGGCUCUGGCAUUGGAGCAGCCCUCCUAGCAGCUUCUCACUCUCAAUAUUUAGGAGUGGAAGAGUCAUGAAUUUAUUGGCAAGUGAAAGACGUGUAAUACUAGUUUCAUUUUUUGCAUAGGUAAUAGAUCAACACAUUGAAGCAAUGAUGCCUUGGUUACUGGUCCUACAGACCAUAAAAGGAUCUGGGGCAUUCAUUAUUUUGGUUGCGGCUUUAUUUCUCCUUCAUUAAGGAAUAAUAUCAAAGACAAAACUUAGGUACUAUUUUUAUAUGUGGUUGAUGUUGUUUUUCAAUCUGAAUUAAAGUUUUAUUUCGAUAAUAUGCAUAAAUGUAUGUUAAUGAAAUCUACAUUAAAUACAAUUGCAUAUUAUUAAGAUAAAACUUCAAUUCUAAACCACACUUAAAGUACUAUACUUACGUUUUGUCUUAAACUUAAUUUGUGAGUGACUAGUCACCUUUUGCGGAAUGUAGCCAAUGAGAAUAAAUCAGGACUUACUGUAUUGACAAGCCUAAAUAUUCUUAAUUUGAAGCUUUUCUGAGUUAUCAAUGAAAAGUAAAGAUAUUUCUGACAGA